AUGUCGGGAGCCGCUGCCAGCGGGGCUAGUAGCGCGGCCUCGGCGUUGGGCGGUCUGGGCGGUUCUCUAGAAGACAAAGACUGCGAUCUUCUCUGCCCGGUCUGCUUCGAGCUCAUAGACGAGGCCUACGUAACUCGAUGCGGCCACUCCUUUUGCUACGCUUGCAUCGCAAAAUCAGUGGAACUCCAUCGACGCUGUCCAAAAUGUGGAGCAGCGUUAGCCGGACGAGAUCACUACUUCCCCAACUUCCUGCUAAACGAAUUAGUGGCAAGGAGAAGAUUGAGGUCAAGACCCCAAGUGGUCAGUGGACCAGUGGCGGCUUCACCAGGUCCGGACGCGGAGCGUCUUAGAGCCCUUCUAGCAUCCGAGGCUAGGCAUCUAGCGUUGCCUGAUGUGGAAGGGAUGUUGGACGUUUUGACGAGAAGGAAGAGGUUGUUGGAGGCGGAGUCGGCCGCUGCUCAUCACAGGCUGUUGUAUGAGUUUCUGGCGCAGUUGUUGAGACAUAGGACGCACCAGUUGGAACAGUUGUCGCGUGAAGCCGCGCUGGUGAAAAAGGACAUGGAACACGUAGCCGGAGUGCUACGGGAUCUGCGAUCUGGUGCUACUGAGCUAGGGCGGCUACCUUCACCCUCGGAGCCGCCUUCGCUAUCAGGCUCUGUCAGGGAUGUCCGCCCUAGACUGGGAGAACUUGGGGAGACCGCACCCAGGAGCCCACCAGCUGAGGAGGAAGAGAGUUUCGCGAGCACUGGUGGAGGUACGGGAGAUGCUUUGGCGGCGCGGUGGAGACGCCUCACAGCGCACUUUGAUGACUUUGUACAGUGCUACUUCGCGCACCGCGCCGACGAGCUGUACUUCCCGGGCUCGGGCUCCGCCACGCCGGCGCCCCCGGGCCCCCCGGGGCCCCCGCCCGCGCCGCCCGCGGGCGCCGCGCGCGGGGCCGCGCUCGCCGACCCCGUGCCGCAGCAGGCUUCCGCCCCCGAGACCAGGGCCUCCAGCGCUGCAGGGGACCAGCGCGCUCCGGAGGGCGACCCGCCCCCCAGCAGUGCGACCGUGCCCCCUGCCCCUCCAGUUUCAGGAGGGCCCCCCGCCCCUCCAGUGUCCGGGGGGCCCCCCGGCGGCGGAGAGGGCUUUGGAGGGCUGGAGGCCUUCCGCGAGGACCUCGCCGCCUUCACCCGCUACAGGGCGCUCCGCCCUCUUGCCACGCUGUCUUACUGCAGCGACGCCAUCAACUACUCCACCAUCGUGUCCACCAUAGAGUUCGAUAAGGACGAUGAGUUCUUCGCUAUCGCUGGAGUAACGAAGCGUAUCAAGGUAUUCGAGUUUGAAGCGGUGGUCCGAGACGCGGUAGACGUUCACUACCCGGUCGCAGAGAUGCAGUGCUCGCACAAGAUAUCGUGUGUAUCGUGGAACGCGUACCACAAGAACGUACUCGCCUCCUCCGACUACGAGGGUACUGUGAGCGUUUGGGACGCGGGGGCGGGGGUUCGAACCCGCGCGCUACAAGAACACGACAAACGCGCCUGGUCCGUACACUUCAACCGGGCCGAUGUACACUUACUAGCCUCGGGGUCCGACGAUGCCCGUGUUAAGCUAUGGUCUCUAAACGCGGAACGCUCUGUGGCUACUUUGGAAGCUAAAUUCAACGUAUGCUGUGUUAGAUUCAACCCGCGAUCCUCCUGCCAUCUAGCUUUCGGAUCGGCGGACCACUGUGUACACUAUUACGAUUUAAGAGCCCCGCGUGCCCCGCUGGCUGUGUUCCGGGAUCAUCGGAAAGCCGUGUCCUAUGUUAAGUUUGUGGACGCCCGUACGCUGGUAUCGGCCUCGACGGAUUCUCAGCUGAAGCUAUGGAGAGUUGAGUCGCCUCGCUGCGUGAGAAGUUUCACGGGACACGCGAAUGAAAAGAAUUUUGUUGGAUUAGCGACGGACGGGCGCUAUGUGGCUUGCGGGUCGGAGAAUAAUGCUCUGUAUGUUUAUUAUACGGGGUUAUCGAGACCGCUGUUGGCAUACAGGUUCGAUGCCGUGCGGGGAUUUUUGGAGAGGGAACGGAGAGACGAGGAACCGGCUGAGUUUGUGUCAGCGGUGUGCUGGCGACGAUCCGCAGACCGGCCCGCGUUACUAGCAGCUAAUAGCCAGGGAACCAUUAAGGUGUUGGAGCUGGUGUAG